UCUUUUUAUUUCGCCUGGACGUGACCAGUGGCCAGUCCGGAUGUAGUAGUAAGCACCUGGUGAUGCAGAAGUUUGACAGCGCAAAGUUUUCCGGGAAAUGGUAUGAAAUCGAAAAGAGUUUCGAAUUUUCCGAUAUCGGAUCCAGUUGUGUUAGGUGGGAAAUAAAAAACGGAGAAGAAGGCGUAUAUUCUGCUGUAGGUAAAGGAGUUGGACUACUGGGCAAUCAGCUGAAGGUAACUGGUACUUUGAAAACUCCAAAUGCGAGCGAACCAGGAAAAAUGAGAAUGCACUAUGAUGGAUUGCCCUAUGUUGAGAAUUACUGGGUGGUGAACACAGACUAUGAUCAGUUUGCUAUUACGUUGUCCUGUCUGGAACUUAUUCCAAAUCUGGUAUUCAGAGACGUUCUGACCAUCUUGUCUAGAAAACCGUCUAUGGAUGCCACUCUGAAAAGCCAAAUCUACGAUUUCUUAAUUAGCAAUAACAUAAAUCAGUAUGACUUGUUCCUUAUAGACCAGGAGGAUUGUUCUAUAUUGUGAGAAACCUGGAAGCAAGACGAAACAAAAUUAAUUUUUCAUAUGAAAUUCAAACCAAUGAGCAAAAGAGAAAAAUAACUAUUAUUUUUUACAUCUCAUAAUUAAACGUU